CUCUCCUUUCUCUCUUGAAGCAUUUCUACCAGAGCAGGGCCCAGCCACCGACCAGUGCUUCCCGGGUGCAGAGUAACACGUCGGCUCGGCCUGGCCCACCCACUCAUGUUUAUCCAGCUGCUUCCCAGGUCAUGAUGAUCCCUUCACAGAUCUCCUAUCCUGCUUCGCAAGGUGCCUACUACAUCCCUGGACAGGGUCGCAACACAUAUGUCGUUCCGACACAGCAGUAUCCUGUCCAACCUGGUGCCCCCAGCUUUUACCCCGGAGGCAACACCCCAGAGUAUGGCCCUUUUGCUGGUGCAUAUUAUCCUGCGCAGAACGUGCAACAAUUCCCAACUUCCCAAGUCAUGAUGAAUCCUCAGCCACCGGUCCCGCCAAAGCGAGAGCGCAAGACAAUCCGAAUACGAGAUCCAAAUCAGGGUGGCAAAGAUAUCACAGAGGAAAUAAUGUCUGGCGCUAGAACUUCUUCUACCCCAACUCCUCCUCAGCUGUUUUCCAAUCCCUUAAAGAACCGUCAUUUUUUUAAACAUAAAAUUGUUGUGUUCUGGAGGACUCAACCCUCUUCUUUUUCUUUCCCACCAGAUGACCGUCCCAAGGCCGGCCCAGUAGUAAGUAAACCGGUAUCCUUGGAGACUAGUAAAUCGGCUUCCCCAUCUCCCCCUCCGCCCCUGACCGAGGUGGAGCCUGUGCAGCCGGCCACUGUGACGCUGGUGCGCCCAGAGAGCCCUGUUGCUGUGGACACUAGAGAGGAGCUGCUGGAGGUCCCUGAAGACAUCCUCGAGCCUGUUAGCACCACCACUACAGUGCCAGGGGGGCUUGUGCCCCCUCCGGAGUCCUUCGUUUUGGACACAGAACCUCAGGAAGAGGUCGCUGCUAGCCCUGUUUUGGAGAUUCCUUCCCAGCCACCCCCAGAAACACAGGUGGAGGAAGAGGUGGUAGCAGAAGAGACAGUGGUUACCCAACAGGAGGCUUUUCAACCCGAGGAGCCUCCCUUAGCGCUGCCGUGCGCCCCUCCCGAUCCUUCUCCGCCGCUGGAGGAGGUGGCGGCUGAAGGGGGGGAGGCCAUUGAGUCAAAUGGGGUCUUAGAGGAGGAGCCACUGGAGGCGAUGCCCGAGGUGCCCCCGUGCGAGCCAGAACCGGCCAUGGAAUCCCCCAUUGCUCAGCCGGAAGAGCAGGCAAUACCUGCAGGACUUGAGACCCCAGAGAAGCAAGAGGCCGAAGAGCCAGAGGAAGAGCCCGAGUCGGAUAUCAGCCCCAUCUCUGAACCCGAAGAGGUCAAGCCCGAGGAGGUGAUUGUCCCAGUGGCCGCGCCUGCUGUAGAAGAGGAGACGGAGCCAGAGGAGGAAGUGGAGGAGGCAGUCGAGGUCCCGGAGCAAAGUGCGGAACCAGUGGUUGCGCCCUUGGAGACCGCGGAAGUGACGACGCAAGUAGCCGUAUCGGUGCCAAAGAAGAAGCGAAAGAUGAAGGAUCUGAACAAGAAGGAAGCCGUAGGAGAUUUGUUGGAUGCGUUCAAAGAGGUCAGUGAGGGGGCCUCUGAGACGGAGAACAACCCCCCAGCGCCGGCCCCAGAGCCCGAGGAACCUGUCCCAGCUCGUUCCCAGGAGGAGCCUGAGGAGACCUGGGAACAGAAGGAGGAUAAGCUGGAUCCUGAGAAGGUCAAGCAAGCGGAUCAAAAGUACCGCUACAAGGAAGAGCAAUGGAAGCCCUUGAACCCAGAAGAAAAGAAAAGUUACGACCGGGAAUUCCUGCUGGGGUUUCAGUACAUGUUCGCGAGCAUGCAAAAGCCGGAAGGGUUGCCCCAUAUCAGCGACGUGGUCUUGGAAAAGGUGAAUAAGAUGCCCCUGCGUCCCCUGGACCCUGUCCGUUUGAACACGAUGAACUGUGGACCGGACUUCACGCCCUCUUUUGCCAAUCUGGGCCGUCCAACCCCAUCCAACCGUGGGCCGCCGGCUGGGCCAGGACAACGGCGUUCCCAGCAAAGCCUGCGGAAGGAACCCCGGAAGAUUAUUGCCACGGUGUCUCUAAAUGAAGACGUCAAGUUGAACAAGGCUGAGAAGGCUUGGAAGCCCAGCAGCAAGCGGGCCAGUGAAGUAGAAGACCCUGAGAAUAUAAAAACUCAGGAGCUGUUCCGACGUGUGCGCAGCAUUCUCAACAAGUUGACACCCCAGAUGUUCCAGCAGCUGAUGAAGCAGGUCACCGAGCUGUCCAUUGACACGGAAGAACGUCUCAAGGGCGUCAUUGACCUCAUCUUCGAGAAGGCCAUCUCUGAGCCAAACUUCUCCGUUGCCUAUGCCAACAUGUGCCGUUGCCUUAUGGGGCUGAAAGUCCCCACUACUGAUAAACCUUCCACCGUGGUGAAUUUUCGCAAGGUACUCUUGAAUCGCUGCCAGAAAGAGUUUGAGAAAGACAAGGAUGAUGAUGAGAUUUUUGAGAAGAAGCAGAAGGAGAUGGAUGAAGCGGCUACUCCUGAAGAGAAAACGCGCCUAAAAGAGGAGCUGGAUGACGCGAGGGACAAAGCCCGCCGUCGCUCGCUUGGCAACAUCAAGUUCAUUGGGGAACUCUUCAAGCUGAAGAUGCUGACGGAGGCCAUCAUGCACGACUGCGUGGUGAAGCUGCUGAAGAACCACGACGAGGAAUCCCUGGAGUGUCUGUGUCGGUUGCUCACGACCAUCGGCAAGGACCUGGACUUUGAGAAGGCCAAGCCUCGAAUGGAUCAGUACUUCAACCAGAUGGAGAAAAUAAUUAAGGAGAAGAAAACAUCCUCGCGGAUCCGGUUCAUGCUGCAGGAUGUGAUUGACCUCAGGCGGAACAGUUGGGUGCCAAGGAGAGGGGAUCAGGGGCCUAAGACCAUUGACCAGAUUCACAAGGAAGCCGAGAUGGAGGAGCACCGGGAGCACAUUAAAGUGCAACAGCUGAUGUCCAAGCAGGACAAGCGGAGAGGGCCUCCAGGCCCAUCAUCUGCAGGGGGACGAGGAAACCUAGUAUCGGAUGACGGUUGGAACACCGUUCCCAUUAGCAAAGGUAACCGGCCUCUUGACCCCAGCAGGUUAACCAAGAUCACUAAGCCUAGUUCAAUUGACACUAACAGCCAGCUCUUUGCACCUGGUGGACGACUGAGCUGGGGAAAAGGCAGCAGUGGCGGUUCGGGUGCCAAACCUGCUGAACCAGCUGCCGACACCAACCGUCCAGCCACGAGUACUUUGAAUCGUUUUUCAGCCUUACAACAACAGACGGCUCCUGCAGAGAGCCAAGAUGUUCGGCGUGUGGUUCAAAGAAGCAGCAGCAGCCGCGACCGCUCCGAAAAAGGCAGCGAGCGAAGUGAGAGGGUAGAGCGGGCAGAGCGAGGCGACCGCGUGGAGCGGAGCGAGAGGGUAGAGCGGGCAGAGAGAAACCGAACCCCAGUCACCAAGCGCAGCUUCAGCAAAGAAAUGGACGACCGGAGCCGGGAGCGCGAACGGCAAGGAGUCCUUGAAACGGUGCGCAAAGUGGCUAGCAUGACGGAAGAGCGUGACCGAAGCAGGGAACCUGCAAAGCGUGAGCCAGUGGCUCCCGAACCACCCGCCAAACCUGCCUUAUCUGAGGAAGAGCUGGAGAAGAAAGCCAAGGCCAUCACUGAGGAAUACCUACACAUCAAUGAUAUGAAGGAAGCUCUGCAGUGCGUACAGGAACUGGGCUGCCCCACUCAGCUCUACAUCUUUGUCCGGAAUGGCAUCGAGUCCACGUUAGAGCGAAGCACCAUCGCUCGCGAGCACAUGGGGCUUCUCCUCUACCACUUGGUCAAGGCAGGCCACCUCUCCAAGGAGCAGUACUAUAAAGGACUUCAAGAGAUCCUGGAGAUCGGGGAAGACAUGGAGAUUGAUAUACCCCAUAUAUGGCUGUACUUGGCAGAGAUUAUCACCCCCAUUUUAAGAGAAGGCGGGAUUCCCAUGGAGGAGCUCUUCAGGGAGAUCGCCAAGCCCCUAGUCCCUAUUGGCAAAGCCACAACUCUAUUGGUGGAGAUCCUGGGCCUACUUUGCAAAGGAAUGAGCCACAAGAAGGCAGGAACAUUAUGGAGAGAAGGUGGACUGAGUUGGAAAGAAUUCCUGCCGGAGAACCAGGAUAUCAAUAAGUUCAUCACAGAACAGAAAGUCGAAUAUACCAUGGGCGACAGUUCGGAUGCUCCCAGUCGGAAAGAGCUCACCUCUGAAGAACUCUGCAAACAACUAGAUAAACUAUUAAAAGAAAAUGCCAAUAACCAAAGAAUAUACGAUUGGAUUGAGGUAAACCUGAGUGAACAGCAGGUCUCCUCCAGUUUGUUUAUCAGGGCCCUGAUGAUGUCAGUGUGCCAUUCCGCCGUAGUCUUCGAGAAUCCUUACCGGAUGGACAAUCUUGUGAUUAACAGCCGAGCCAAGCUGCUGCAGAAAUACUUGAGUGAUGAAGAUAAGGAGCUCCAGGCCCUUUAUGCUUUACAAGCCCUAGUGGUGAAGCUGGACCAGCCAGCAAAUCUCCUCCGAAUGUUCUUCGAUGCCUUGUACGACGAGGACGUCAUUAAAGAGGACGCCUUCUACAAGUGGGAGUCGAGCAAGGACCCAGCCGAGCAGCAAGGGAAAGGCGUCGCCCUCAAGUCGGUCACAGCCUUUUACACUUGGUUGCGUGAAGCUGAUGACGAAUCCGACACCAACAAUUGAGCAGCCCGCAAGAGUGGGGAGGGCGGCCGGGGUGGGUGGGGGCAGACCGAACCUGCCCUGCUGCUGCUGCUCUGGCCCCCUCCUUGGAGCCUGGACUCCCUUGGGGCGCUGGCGUGGAGGGGGGGGGAACGAGGAGGCGCAGGGCUGACCUCUGCCACUUUUUUUUUCCUCCCGCCCGCCCUCAUUAAGACUACUUCUUUCUUUUUAUUUUUUUUCUCCUUUCUUUUCCCUUUUUUUCCCCCCCCCUUUUUCCUUUUUAUUUUUUUGGUUGGGAUUUUUUUUUCUCUUUUUCUUUUUUUUUUUUCCGUUUUAACAGCCUGUAUUGGUUUGUGUCUGAUGAUAAUAAAUUGAUGCUCAAGGAGGUAGGUGUUGCUGUGGGCGCUCCGCUCAGCCCCCCACCCCACCCCUACCCCGCCCCUCCCUCUCUCUCUGGGCACCUGCCCUGAAUGAUUUUUCCUGAGUGGGGGGGAGGGGAGGGGACGACCCCACCCCCCAAUUCUUCUGGUGCAAAGCACCCCCUGAAACACAUGUCUUUGGAUGGAAAAUGAGGGUGGGUAGCCAACCCAAUGCCUACGCUCCUGCCAUCUCUCUCUCUCUCUCUCUCUCUCUCCCUCUCCCUCCUUCCCUCCUCCCCCCCUCUCUCUCUCCUCCCUCAACCCUCCUUUUCUCCACUUUAUGGCUGAAAUAUAGAGAUUAUAUAAAUAUAUAUAUAAAAUAUAAAUAUAGACUUAUUAAAUCUUUUUUGAGGUUGGAGAAUAGAACUCUUUAAACUGGCCACAAAUGGCUCUUCCCCCCCCCUCUCCCCCCCUCCCCACGCCCACCACCACGGCUGCCUUGGCCUUCGCGGGCCAACCUCACCCCUUCGCACCCUUGCCGUCUCGCCCUGCGCCGUCCCGCCUCCGAGCGCACGGAAAGGGCCGCAACCCGCUUUGUUCUGCACUUGGAUAGUUAACGGAGCUGCUGCGCGCUUGUAAUGGAAAGGAAAACAAAACAAAAA